AACGUCUGAGUGAAUAAGCGCACGGAGGAGCGGAAGGCCGGACUCGGCAGACAUGCAAAAUGGUAUAUUUGUUGAUAUGGCUCAGAAUCCGACAGCGAGAGCUAUCCGCGCGUCAAUCGCCGUUGGCUGCUCCCCGCUCCACGCCGUCCUCAUCGAUUGAUGCAUGACUCCACCUCUCACUAUCGGAUCCUGAGAAUUUUCUUCUCAGUUUGACCCAAUCUACUAUAAUCUUUGGAAUGGUCAAAAACGAAUCCUACACCCUGUAUAUACCUAUUUCACAUCAGGGUCUCAAAGUCCUUAUCUAGCGCCAAUUCACAACAAGUACAGAGUUCUAUUUUCAUUAGAUUAUGCAUGUAUAUGUACAUAUACGUAUACAUUACAUAUAACGUCCAUUGAUAGGGUCCAUUGAUAGGGAGUUGUCUAAACGGUAGUUACAUAAGAUAUAUGUCAUGUAAGGUAUAUUAAUGCAGAAAGGAUUGUCAACAGUCAAGAUGGGACUGUUUGAUCUCGUUUGCACAAAUUUUUUAUUCUCUUUUGUUUUUGCAGUUUUUAUUCUACACUUUUCCACGAAUUUUGGAACGCACGAAUAUUUAUUUUCAUUAAUAAUUAUUAAUAUUAUAUCUGCCUAUACAUUUUAAUUAUUUUUUUUGUCAUAAAAUUAUGUAAAUAGCUUGACCAUAUAUCUUGACAUGAUUGAGUUACUCAUACACGCCUAAUGGACGAUGGGGCGAAUGCGCUUACAUUCUUGAAAUUAAGUGGAAAACCGGUGCCUCUGAGUGCCUGAUAUUUGCGCUUGACGAUGCGAUACUCAGGAGAAGCUUACGUAAUGGCACACAUAAGGAUAGUGCCAAAUCAAAAUGUUACGAGGACAAUGCUUGGCUAGUGAUGAUUUUCGAGAGAUAAACGUUUUUGUAAAUCGUUCCUUUUUCUCUUUUCUUGGAUAUACAUAUAAGGUAAACACAUAUUGUUACUUUAGUCCUUAAAUUUUUCAAAGAUAUACAUGAUAGUUUAUGAACCUUCGCGAAAUCCGACUUUCAAAGUUCCACCGUUUUGUCCUCUUUUUCACAAUUGUGCCUCUCUACACAUGUAGAUCUUGAAAUUUACAUAUACGCGGAUCAUAUAUUGAAUCGCGAAUGUAUUGAUUGCAAAUAUCUUCACUUGUUCUUUGAUUCUUGAUUUUAAGGAUUCCAUCGAUCAUCGAUUCUACGAAUCAUACUUAACAAAUUCAUAUUAAUCUUAGACUUUGAAGCCCCAAUAAUCUUUGCUUUUAUAAAUUUUAUCAUACAUAUUGUUAAAUUCUUCAAUUUUUCUGAUUCGUAUUUACCUAUAUACAUAUCUUUACAGUUACAAGUACUUAAGAAACUAUCUUACUGUACAAAGAAACUUACUACAUAAUUACUUAAAAAACACAUGUAUAAUUCUCAUGUCUCCCUUAUUUGCACAGGUACUUAUUCGCAAUUGCACUUAAAAAUGGGAUAAUUCUUACGUAUUUUUAUAUCUAUGCAAAUCAUCUAAUCCAUUGAUUUUCAAUAAGAGUCCAUUUCAUCUUUGAAUUCCGUGGUAGAAUCUUCCGUUUUACGGAUCCUUUAAUGAAUUUCAAGACCCGCAGGUCAAUAAAGUCGAAAUUGCGACAUUUUAUUCUCUCUAUUGACCCGAUCUAUACGUCCUGUAAAUCUUAUUGGAUAAGCAUUCGUGUAUUUACUCAUAAAACAUUAUGAUUUGAAUUCAAUUUUAUGACUUGAAACCCGAGAGAAGUGACGCGCGUUUCAAGCAAGACGAAGCGAUCGAUGACGAUGUACCUAGAGCGGUUCGGAAUUAUCGUAAGGAAUAAAGGCUGGUGAAAGAAAAAGAGAGAAUUAUAUUUAACUAAAACUAUAAACUAUUUUCGAACAAAUAGAUUAUAUAUAUACACAUAUAUAUAGAGAGAAGAUACAUUGUAUUUUUAUUCGUAUUAGAGUAUUUUACUAAAACUUCCAUAAAGUCGUUUCCGCUUGUUAUAAUUAUGUCGAUUGUUAAUUAAUCGAUAAUGAACAGAAGUCUAGGGAGAGUGGAAGCGAUAUACUUAAUCAUUGUGAUAGCAAGCAGAAUCGCUCGAAAAUAAAAUGGUACAACCGAGCACUUAACGUUAGCGACGAGUUUAUAAUGCAAAUCCUCUAAUUACAAUAGAUGUUUGAUCGAUCUAGAGAGAAUUAUCGAUGCACACGUACGCGCGUACAUACACACCUAUAUGCGUUCCUAUCAUCGUUGAUAUUGUAACAAAAGAUUAUCGAGGCGAAUUGUUACGAAGCGAUAGAGUACGAUUGUACAUAAUCUAGUUAACGUACAGUAUUAAAAAGAAAAUAAUUAGCAAUAGACAAUAGACAGUUGAUUUACGCCUUAAAUUAGCAAUCGAAGAAAUAAAACAUAUUUUAAUUGUACUCUAUUUGAAGUUUGUUCUUCUACCUGUCGAUUUUUCUCACCUUGUAAUUAAAAUCUCGAUAUGUAAAAGGGACGCGAAUCUCUCGUGUGUCGAAUGUUGAGAGAGCGUGAUUUCCGCAGAUCCAUACGUAUCUACCGCUCCCUCACUGUCCUUGAUGUGUUUGUAUACAGAGACUGGGAUUUUAAUGAAAGUCCUAGGUGUUUCCCUGUAUACGCGAUGUAGUGGUCAUUUCACCGUUUUCUAUACAAAUGGUAUAUUAGAAAAAGUCUACGUUCUUUCUUUCUACAUGUAGAAAUCAUUGUUCGUAUCGUAAUCGCUAUCUAAAUGGCUUCUCCGCGAAGAUUAGUGUCCACGCUGAAGCAUCUGUCACCUCGGCCACUAGGAAGUGCUAUAUCGAGCGUCAGUAUUAGAGCAUCGAGUCCAAAAACUCCGACUAACACUCGCGAAAGAAAGGUGGAAGACGAAAACCUGUUGUCGCCGUUCAAUAUCGAUACUCCUAACAGAGUCAAGUUGCUCAAACACGGUCUACAGAGGAAAGAUCGCUCCGUACUCGGAGCGGGUGCUUUCGGUACCGUCUACAAGGUGUUUUACAAAGGAGAUCAAGUGGCGGCCAAGAUUAUUCCACGCAAACAAAACGACGAUGAAGUGAUAAACUCGGAGAAGCACGCGACUAUUUUGCGACACGCCAACAUCGUUAAGAUAUUAAGCGUGGAACAAGGCAGCAGCUUGUCGCUGAUAACGAUGGAAUUGUGCGGCACAUCGUUGCAGGACAGGCUGCAGGAAUCGGCCCUGUCGAAAGAGGAGCGCGUCUCCAUUUGGAGAGACAUUGCCAGCGCGCUCCAAUUCUGCCACGAUUCUGGCGUGAUACACGCAGACGUCAAAGCGACAAAUAUCUUGAUGGCAGCUAAUGGUCAAGCUAAGCUCACCGACUUCGGUAGUUCAAUAUUAGUCGACGAACUACAUGUCUCAAUCAGACCACGAGGUACACCAGGUUACGCGGCACCAGAAGUACUUCGAGGAGACGUACCCACAUUCGCCGCCGACAUUUAUUCACUGGGAAUUGUAGCCUGGCAAAUGCUGUCUCGAGAAGUACCCUUUCAUGGAUUGCAUAUCCAUACCGUCAUAUAUAUAUCUGUAAAAGGAACGCGUCCUAAAGACGAAGCUCUUGACGACGAGUUCGCUGGAAGAUACAAGGAACUGUUCAGAGCGGCGUGGUCGCAGAAUGUCGCGGACAGACCCUCGCUCGGUGAAAUAAUCGGUAGACUUGAUCUUUUGUAAUCAACAGUUAAUAUUUAUUUAG